AUGGUAUAUGAUUUGCUGACUACGGCACCUCGAAACCUCAAGGAGGGCAUUGACUGGUUGAUGGCCCUGAAGGGAACUGACGCUGAAAACAACUUGAAGGCUAUGGGCGCGGCAGUGUACGAUUUUCUCGCAGACAAGCCUGUUGGAAAGAUGAAGGUGCGAGCUCUCGAGGAUGUGAAAGUUAUUACUAAGGAGUUCCUGGAGAAGCAGGAGCUCAGGGGCCGUUGGUUCGUGAAAAAGAUACUGAGGAAGAUCAAUGAACCUAUCGGGAAAACUCGCAAAGAACUCGAUAAGCAUUUUAGACGUAUCGAAGAAUACGACUAUAAAAAUAUCGUAAUGGCGAACCACCUCACCGCUGAAAAAAUCACGCAGAAAUUAGGCAAAGUUGUGGACUGUUGUGAAAAGUUCUUGGAAAAGAUAAAAAGUCCUGAUGAGUACAAGUCUGCUUACAGUUCAGGAGCGACGUGGGAUGCGUCAUGCGCGGAGGACCCGGAGGCUUGCGCAGUGGUCCUAGUGGGUAUUGCGCCAAUGUUGUACGCGGGGAUACGUUCUGUGUGGGAGGAGAGCAAAGCUGGAAGUGGGAUCUUGUCAAUCUAUGGAGAGGGUAAGCCCAUGGGAAAUGUUUUGAAAGCCAUGGGUUACGAAGAACCCCAAUAUCGCGCUGGCAUGGGUGCUUCAUACGUCCUCAGGGCGUUGGGAGGUGUGAAGGUACGUGUAUUGGGCAUACUCUACGACAUCGCUGGAUUCUGGGCUUUCUAUUGA